AAUGCGAUCUCGCUUCCUUAAUGUUGACUACUUUAGUCUCACUCCAUCCGAUUCCAGAGAAACCCUAACCUUCCUCUAUCUCCCUGUCCCUUGCCUCUCAUUUCCUCCUCGCUCCACCGUCCAAGACCACCUCCAGUUCCGUUCGACCCUCCAUGGUUCCCUUCACAUCGAGAAACUUUCGAUCGAUGAUGCUCUCUCCAAAUUCCUAUCCGGUGUACUGCCCCACAGAAUCGAUGUUGAUUUCCAAAACUUUGAGGCAGCGUUGCCUUCAAGUCAUAAUUGUUUAUCAUCUUCCAGCUUUGGAAUUGCUGAAGCUCGGAUUUCUCAGGAAGCAAUGGCUGUAUUCGAAGAAAAUGAGACGGAGAACCGCCGACUUUUGGAUUCAGGAGCUGAUAUUGAAUUCUCAGACGAAAGGAACACUGCUCUUAUUGGAAAGGAUGAGAGCAUAUGUGAUAUGACUCAAUUCGAAAUGCCUGAGCUGGAUUUACUUCUGGGAAAUGGUUGCUUCCCUGAGGAGGUGGUGAUGCAAAUACUGGAUGAAACUUCAGAGAAAGAAAGUAAUCUGGAAAUGCUCAAGUCUGGGCUCUCAAUGCAAUUUCCUGAUGAGCUUCUGCGUUCGAUAUCCUUAGUUGAACAUAUUAAUUUAGAUUACUUUGCAGGGCAAAAUUCUUAUUCUUCAGAAAAUUUUAUGCCUCUUCCAAAUCUGCCAAAAUUUGGUCAAAGCAAAUUUCCUAUUCUGGAAGUUGAUGAGGAAAGUCUGGGAAUUCCUACAUUCUCACGUAUGGAGGAAAAUGUGGGUUCAUAUUUUGAUGACAUAGGACCUCAAAAUAUGGGUGAAACAUAUUCUGUCAUGGAGCACAAGGAGAUUUUGGGUGGCAUGAACUGUAACACAAUGGACUUUCUCUCAGUUUACUGUCUAUCAAAGCAAAGCGUAGUAUUACCCGACAUGCUUCAUGAAAUGGACUUUAUUACUAUAUUGGAAACUGAAAAUUUUCCUGGGAAUCCUGCCCUGGCAGGGAAAUCACAGUCAGAUAUGAUUACUUUCCAGGAAAUCCUGUUUAUUGAUGAGAAUUCAAUUCAAACAUUUGAAAGCUUUUAUAACUCAAACUUGAUGGAUGAUCCGGUAACAAGUGAAUUUAUUUUUGAGAAGGAUUUUAAUUUCAAGGACUUCGAUGAAUUGAUUAUUACUAAUGAGAUAGCGCUAACGGAUGAUGCAUUCAAGUCACUACCUGUACCUGUUAUCUCCGAUUAUGGAAAGAUGAGAUCUCUGUAUGUAUUCGUUGAAGAAAGGCUUUCCAAUUUGAAGACACAACCCCAAUGUACAUCUGACAGUAUAUACUUGAACUGGGAUUUACUGGAAGAAGACAAAAGAAAUUUCAAUCUCUAUCACUAUUUUCAGAACAUGUGGGCCAAGAAAGAUCUAAACAUCACAGACUUUGGGGGAGAAUCUUUCAAUGAUAGAAAAUUAGUAUUUGAUCUGGUUUCUUUAAGUGAUGCCCUAGAUAGAUGCCACAUAGAACAAAGUGAAGAGGUGCAGAAUUUGCUUUCUGAUUGCGCCUAUCAGCCUGAGAAUCAUACCUUAUGGGCUGAUUCAAGCAAUCAGUUGGAUGGUGGCUCUCCGAAGCAAGGCAUUGGAGAGCAGUUAGCUGAAAGAAAUGCUGAGAGGGCUUCAUUGUUAUUCAAGUCUUCAUCGGAAGUCAGCGAUCUUGAUUAUUUUUUAAACCCUCAGAAAGCAACUGCUAGGAGAAAUUGUAACUUAGCAGUAGAGUCUAGUGCUGCAGAUGUUAAUGUUUUAAAGGUUGCCUGUACUGACUUUAAUGAUAAGUAUAGGCACACUGUUUUACAAUCUCAAGGAUGGAACAUUGAUUUGCACAAAGUUCUGUUGUCCAGUAACAUUCUGGCUUUAGUUGGGAAUUUUGAAAAAUUUUAUUGGGCUGUUUUGCAGGGUGAAACAGAACUGACACAGAACUCAUCCAUGGAUCAUUUUCAAUUGAUGAAACUUCCAAAACACAAGCUUAUGGAAUUACAUGAAAAUGGCAAAAAUAUGGCAUUUGUUGUGUUAUGUGCAAUAAAACGGGCUGCUUGGUACUUGUGUUUCUAUGGCCUACAUCCAACGAGCUUGUACAUAGACUUGUUAUGUCAAAAAUUGGAGUACUUGAAAUUAAGAUUUAGCUUCCUCCAAUCCUUGAUUAAGGAUGAAAAUAAGAAGAUUGGUGACAAAAUUACUCUAGCACAUCCUGCUCUAGCUGUUUUUGACAAAAUUUUACAGUCAAACAUCAAACAGGAUUGUAUGAAGGUUUUGAUUGUGACUGAAGAAGUUUUCUGGUGGUCUCUGAAAUGUCUUCUUAACUCCAUGGGAUUAUCAUUUAAUGAAUUCCAUAAUACUCAUGCAAAUCAGCCAUAUGGUUAUGACAUAGUUGAGGACAUUGAUUCAAAAUUGAAGAACCUUAUGAAUUCCAACUGCUUGAUCGUAUCAUACAAGCAUAUUUCUCCAUUCUUCCCAUUCAACAAGUUCGGCAUUAUUUUGGAAUAUGGUGGUCCAAUUGGCUCGUCUAGAAUAUCCAAUCUCUCACCAAACUCCCCUGGGUUGCCUCAUCUUCACUUUCUUAAGGUGGAACUGGAUGUCCAUUCUGCUGUCAAAGCACUUUGUGAGGGUGUUGAAAUGCCAUUGGCUGCUGAAAUGUCAAUGGAAAAUGAGAUUCAUAAUACCAUCAACCAUAGCAAAACAAUGAUGAAUCCCAAAUUGGAGAAACUAUUGAAGUUUUGUCCACUGGGGAAAAGCUGUGAUAUAAGAUCUUCAGAGAUGGCAGAUGAUGUAGAGUGUUUUGCGCCCCCGCUUUCUUCCAGGAAUCCUGAACAAAGUCAUCAAAGCAUGAAAUCUUUUCCUGAAACACUGAUCAUUGUGAAUACUCAAAAUGUAGGUAAAGAAAUGAUAGUGUCUAGAAGAAGCACUUAUCAAGCCAUUCUUGCAAUGGAGAAACGAGGCAUUCAAGUUGUUGAACGUGAUUUAGAUUUACCAGCGGAUAUCAUUAUCAGUUCAUCAAUUUGCUUAGUGUGGUACGACAGUAAAAGCCUGUGGAAGAAAGCAGCUCCAGUGACUGAAGCUUCUUCCAGCUUGCCUUUGUGUAUUGAAAAUAUUGCAACAAAUAUUCUGACACUGCUGAGCUUUUCCUGUGAUGGCUGCUUUUUGGUUUUUGAGGGAGAAGUUAACUUUAUUUCAACCAUAAUGGAAUCCUCAGAUGGACUUUAUGCUGCAGCAGCAAGCCUGGGAAUUGAUUUGCAGACAUUGUUCUCUUACUCACCUGAGUUCACAAAUGAAAUUAUAGUAAGCUGCAUCAAUUAUGCUACCAAAUUGACAAGGGGUCUGUAUCCUAAAAUGGCUGAUUCACUAACACUCGCUGAGUCAUUUUUAACGAAAUUUCCUUCUAUAAAUUCUUUGGUAGCACAUGCCAUACUGUCUACAGGGGCCACACUAACCGAGUUUCUUGGGUGGUCACAUGAACAUAGGAUAAAUGUUUUGGAAAGGUAUCAUGUUCCUGAAGAAAGCAUUUCUCUAUUUAGUGCUCUCUGCAAAUAUGGGGAGCGGGAGGAUUCAAAAUCUAUAAUGACAGACUGCUCCUCUUCCGUAUCUUCUGGCCCAGAUUCAGAUAAAUGUCAUUUGUAUCAAGUCGAUUAUGGAAGAAAAAGGAAAAAACACAUAGGAAGCUCCGAAGAAUUUGAACCCUUUUCAGAUGAAUUAUUGCAGUUUGAGCCACUACAAGAAACUGAUGCGUUCCUAGAUUCUUCUAAUAUUUCGAAACCUUGUAUCCCUGGUAAAUCAAAUUACGUUGGAAGAUUCACUGACUUAACAAAGAAAGGAUUCAGUGAGAUUACCACAAUGAAAACUCCUUCCAAAGUAUCCCAGCCAUCCUGUGAUUCUUGUAGCCACAAAGCUCCUCUAAUAUUGGAACAGAAAAAACAACCAUCUUUUUCUUUCGAAGAUGAAGGGUUGGUUCCGAAUGAUAAACUGGACACUGCUAGGAUGAGCAAAAAUUUGACCUGGCGUGACCACAGUUUUUCUGAGAAGCUGGAUGAGGACGUUACAGGCGAGGUUGUUGACUUAACUGAGGAGGCCCCACUAAAUAAAAAAUUCUCUUUUGUUGCUGACUCAGAGAAUUUUCCUGGCGCCAACUUCAUGAAUUUCCCAGAUUUGAUGUCUGAGAUAGAGCAAGAACAGAUACAGAAUAAUAUCAGGAGAAGAUUGUCAUUUGGUAAGUUGAGUCAGCCAGAGUUUAAAAGUAAUAUCUGGAAGCCUUCGAAUCAUACACGAGGGGAAGUUGAGAAUAUCCCAGAACCAGUUUUUGGGAUGGACGUCUCUACUCUUAAUGCCAAACACAGUGAAAGGAUGUCUGACGAGGAUUUGGCUCCGGCAUCAAAGAGAAACCUCCAAGGAUCGCCCUUUCAAAAGGAGAUGUCACAUUUGGGUGGAACUCCACUUUCACGUGCUCUUCAUUCAGCUAGUCCAUUAAAAAAUUCACCUUGGACAAUAGAAUUUAUCAAUAGAAUCAAAGAAAAGAGCAGAUUGCGUCAAAAAGCAUUAUCAUGUCACAAGUCUGUCUCUUGUUUUGGGUACUCAGGCAGUACGUCGGAAGUUGUUAAUAGAAGACCUCCUCCUCCUCCUCCUGAGUUUUUCGCAUAUCAAGGUAGUAGAACUGAAAAUAUUCCCAAACAUAAGAGACAGAAGCAAUGUGUACAACCUUUGAAGCCAGCCAAGAAUGGGAAACAUUCUGCCUCAAUGCUCCCUACAUGGACACCUAAUGAUAAGAGAGCAACAAAGACGUUGACUUUUGCAGUGAAGGAAAGUCAAAGUCAAACUAAGUUGGUUUGGAAUGAGGAAACUCAAGGUCAGGCCAAGAGGUUUCGGUAUCAGACACAAAAGUCGCUCUAGGGUUCGCAUAGAAAAUGGAGAUUUUAUAUUAUACGAAAGUUGGAUGUACAUUUUUUGUUUUUUUUGGGUUACAAUAGAGAGUACAAACAUGUGGCUGUUAGUUAUAUAAUGGUCUUGGGUUUUGGCAGGUUUAAGAACUUUUCCUUUUAAAAUUAGUGCUA